AUGGCCACGCAGUUCGAAUUCGACGAGUCCAUAAAGGGCGCUCUGCCUUCCGACUUCACCUGGGGCUUCGCGACGGCCGCCGCCCAGGUCGAAGGAGCCUGGAACAAAGAUGGCAAAGGUAUCUCUAUUUGGGAUAAGUUCGCCCACACGCCGGGCAAAGUGAAGGAUGGUAGCACUGGCGACGAUGCCGUGCGCUCGUAUGAUCUUUACAAGACCGACGUCGCUCUCAUGAAGCGCUACGGCGUCAGCGGGUACCGGUUUUCCCUCUCUUGGUCACGCAUCAUUCCCCUCGGCGGAAAAGACGACCCCGUCAACGAGGAGGGCAUCGCCUACUACAACCGCCUCAUUGACGAGCUCCUCGCCAACGGCAUCACCCCCUUCGUCACCCUCUUCCACUGGGACACUCCCCAAGAGCUGGAGGACCGAUACGGUGGGAUGCUCGACAAGGAAAAGUACACGCCCGACUUCAUCCGCUAUGCCCGCGUCUGCUUCGAGCGCUUCGGUGACCGUGUUAAGGACUGGAUCACCUACAAUGAGCCCGGCGUGUACACCCUCGCAGGUUAUGCGGCGGGAGUGCACGCUCCAGCUAGAUCCAGCUUCCGCAACCUGAACGAGGAGGGCGACUCGAGCACGGAGCCCUUCAUCGUCGCGCACACGGAGCUCGUUUCCCACGCCUACGUCGCCGACAUGUACAAGAAGGAGUUCCAGCCGUCGCAAAAGGGCAAGAUCAUGAUCACGCUGCACGGAAACUGGUCGGAGCCCUGGGACGAGUCGGACCCGCUGGACGUCGAAGCCGCCGAGCGGGCGCGGGAGUUCGAAAUCGCCUGGUUCGCCGACCCGCUGUACAAGACGGGCGACUACCCGGCCUCGAUGCGCGCGCAGCUCGGCGACCGGCUGCCGCGGUUCACGCCCGAGGAGAGCAAGCUGGUGUUGGGGAGCUCAGAGUUCUACGGCAUGAACUCGUACUCGGCCUUCUACGUGCGCCACCGCGACGGGCCGGCGGACAUCAACGACCACAAGGGCAACAUUGAGCAGUUUGACGAGAACAAGCAGGGCGUGCCGCGCGGGCCGAUGAGCGACACGUACUGGCUUCGCACGACGCCGUGGGGGUGGGCCAAGUUGCUGCGGUGGAUCUGGAACCGGUACGGCGUGCCGAUUUACAUCACGGAGAACGGCACUACUGCGCAGGGAGAGCAUGACUGGAAGCCCAAGGGUCCGGAUGACAUCCUCGAGGACCCCUUCCGCAUCGACUUCUUCAAGAGCUAUCUGACCGAGGUGGCGAAGGCGUCGCAGGAGGGCGUGGUGAUCAAGUCGUACUUUGGAUGGACCUUUACGGAUAACUGGGAGUGGGCGGCCGGCUUUUCGGACAGGUUCGGCGCCACCUGGAUCGACUUUGAGAGUCCGGAGAAGACGCGGUAUCCGAAGCGAUCUGCUUUGUUCUUGGGUGAUUUCUUCAAGCAUCUGAUUCGCGAGGAAUAG